CCGCUACUGCGGUCCUGCACGCAUCGGCCCGGGGAACGACUGCAGCUCUAGCAGUUCGAGGAGGCAAGAGUACGCAUCCUCCAUGCCGUCUCUGAACAGACUUCCCAACCGCUGAGGUGACAUACUCCACCCAUCAUCCUUACCCAUGCAUUUCCUACAGAAGUAAUAAACGGACUUCCUGGCCCACGUACCCUUCUUGAACCUGCCAACACUCCCUAUACAACACCACCAUGGCAGAAGCAGUAAUUAGCCUGGUCGAUCACACCGAAGACGAGCGAGAAGAGCAGCCACAGCCAGAGCCAGAGGAGCUUUCAGCGGAGCAGUCUCACGUCGACAUUCUCUAUGAGAAUCAACGCGGGUGGUUCAUCUUCGGCAUACCCCUCUUCUCUUCCAAAGCUCUUGGGAACCUCCGAAUAGACCAAAGUCCCUGGGUGAACAGCCGAUUCGAACCCAGCGUCGUGAAUAUUACAAACGCUCAAGUGCCUGAUCCGAGCUGGACAUGGGAAUGGAAGACCUGGUACGUCGACAUGUCGCACGAUGUCGAUGAAGAGGGCUGGCAAUACUCGUUCUACUUCCGGAAGUUCGCCUGGCAUGGCAAUCACCCGUGGUUCCAUUCUUUCGUGCGUAGGAGACGAUGGCUGAGGAAGCGCGUGAAGCGAAAGCUCCCUCCCAAGACGAAGGACAACCGGGAGCGGCUAUUUGGAGACACAUUCAGCAUCGGAACCACCUUGGCUCGGACGACCACCGGAAGACCUACGAGCUUGGAUGCUAGGGGGACUCCAAUCGAAGAGUCCGUAGACGAAGAGAUUCGAGACAUGCCAACUCUCAUGAGCACCCUUAAGAAGGCACCGAUUGACCGAGAAAAGAUUGUGGCCGUCAAGAGAUUCAUCAACGAUUCCGGGGAGGACCUCAUUUACUUAGCAGAGAAUAUGCCCGCAAUCAUGUCGAUGCUCAUAUUCCAAAAUUCCCGACGCCAGCUCCUUACCAGUCUCAUGCGUACCUUCGAUGCAGCAAGUGCCCACCGAGAAGAGCACAAGCAACACGAAAAGCCGGAAGAUGAAGUCGAAGGACGACGGAUCGACAACCUCCUCAAGGCCGUGAAAGCCGCCGAUGAUGAGUGUAAGGCUCUAGAAUACUGGAGCGAUAUUCGUGGCAUAAUAGAAAAAGGGGAGACAGUCGGUGGAGCAAACGAUGCCCAUGGCUGGGACCACAAGUGGGAAGGUGUCGACUCGAGUGGACCCGCCCAUCCCUAAUUGAACUUUCUUUGCCGAUGGCAUUCUUGUGACUGUUCCUUGAACAAGUACCCUCAGCAUUACUACGAAGUAUGACUUCGAUGUUUCCUUUUGGGUCAAGAAGCUAUAUGCUAAGCAACAAGCGUUUCUCUGUAUAUCGCAUUGCUCUGCGUGUCGCACGACCCUCUAUAUCAUCAUCCUAGAUAGGUUUACGACUGUUCCCUUUUCUCAGCCUUUGUAUCUUGGCUUAUUUGCUUCUUUCUCAAAAGU